GACUCUUUUUUACUCUACGGGCACAAUCAUUUUAUGCACUUUUCAAAUAACUACCAUUUAUAAUCUGCGUUUUGUGAUAAUGAUUGCAUUACGUAGUGUCUGUUAAAACCAUCUGUUGUAUAUGGGUAUUAUUUGAACAAUUGCUCGAUCAUCAUUGUAUUUGUAAUCAAGGUAUCCUAUGUCUUCAAUAUUAUUCAAUAGUUCUUCUGGUCCAAUUAUUUUACAAUUUUUAAUAAUCAUUCUUUUGGUUACCUUAAUUAAUUUUAAGAUAUUUUGUAGAAUAAAAUCUCUGAUUGAUGAUUUGUAAGCAGAUUUCUACAAUUUAAUGAAGUUAAAUCUAGAGUUUUGGAUGUCUAAACUGCCUAAACCUUUAACAGUUAUUCCUAUCACGCAUUUAGCAAUACCAGGAUCUCAUGAUUCAUUUUCAUAUACAAUUACACCUAACAGUAAAGUUGGACCUGAUGCUACUAUGUUAGUAAAAUUUUUAAACUUUUUACUUGGUCGGCGUUUGAGAAAUUUUGUUUAUAAAUGGUCUAUUACACAGACAAGUGAUAUACAAAAUCAGUUACUUUUAGGAAUAAGGUAUUUUGAUUUACGGAUGGCAACUAAACCAAACGAUAUUAACUUUUACACAGUACAUGCUCUCUAUGGUGAUCCAAUUAUAAUUGAGUUAAUAAAUAUUAAAAAUUUCUUAGAUUCUCAUACCAAUGAAAUAAUUAUAUUAGAUUUUCAACAUUUUUAUAAUUUUUUGGAAGCCGAUCAUGUUCGAUUAACAAUUAUUUUGAAAUCAAUAUUUCAAAAUAAAGUUUGUCCAAUGCCUAAUGUAGUUGAAAAACUAACUUUGGAAGUAAUGAGAAAAAAUAAAUGGCAGGUUAUAAUAAUUUAUAGACAUGAAGUCUACGAUAAUCAAUUAUGGCCAUCUUCAUUUUGGCCUACACCUUGGCCACAAACUACAUCCUUCAAAAAGUUAAUAAAAUUUUUGGAUUAUGGUCUCAAAACAAGAAAAUCAAAUACUGGAUAUGUUACUCAAUGUUUAUUUACACCUGAUAAAAAAUUUAUACUUCAACAUUUCAAUUUAAGUUUGCAAAAUAGCUGUGCUAAACCUUUAAAUGCUUUUAUAUCAAGUUGGAUAGAAUUGCAAAAAGUGGGCUGUAGGGAUGGGGUUAAUGUAAUUAUUGCUGAUUUUAUAAAUAUGAUUGGAUUUAACUUUUGUAAAAUUAUAGUAAAUUUAAAUUAUAAACUAAUAUAAUUAAUUAAAAAUUCUUGUGAUAUAAUAAGAUUAAUAAUAAUUAAUGUUACCAUUGUUCCUAAUAAAAUAUUCAUAUAUUUUUAGCCAUUUGAUUUUAGAGGUAAAGUUAAUUAUAUUUAUUUAUUAAAAUAAACUAUGUUUGAAUUAAUGGUC